AUGGAUGAAAGCAAAUGCUGUUCAUUCAAUUUGCCUGUUCUGCAUUUUUCUGUUAAUCAUUUAUUUGAAAUAGAUGAAUACGACUUUUACAAAAUUAAGUGUAAGGAAAAUGUGGGAGAUAAUUCAAUAAGUAAGAAGAUAAGAAAUGAGAUAAAUGAAGUUAAUAAGGAUUCAUUGAACAGUGAGAAUGAGAGCGAAAACGAAAGUGAAAAUGAAAAGCUGUUUAUGAAGUAUUUAAAAAACAUUGUCAGAAAGGAUAGUGGCGGUAACAGCAAUAGUAACUGUAGCAUCCGCAAUAGCAACAGCGGGAGUAAUAACAGGGGAAGUCUAACGAGCAUCCCCUCCGUAGACGAACCAGGAAAGGAAAUAUCCGCAAUAAACGAGGACACACCCUCUGUACAUGUUCCUCCUCUAACGAGCUUGCAAGAAAAGGAGGGGUCUCUCAUAAAAAAGAAUGUGCACCUUUUUGAAAAAUAUCCAAAUAUUCCUAUAAGAAAGGAUUUGAGAAUGGACUGGAUUUACCACAAGCCUAUGACAAGUUUUACUCCGAAAAAGAUUAACAUAGAAGAAUUUAAGGAGGAAUGCGAUAAAAUAAGGAAGAGACUAAAAAUAAGGUACCGCAAGGGGGAUGAAGAAUCACAUCCACAAGAAGUGCAAAAUGAAGAGAUGUACCUAGAUUAUUAUCAUAUGGAACAUUUUCCAGAGAAGAUGAUGCCCCCUUUUGAGAAGGAACGAAGUGACAGAAGCAGCGGAAGUAACAGAAACGGUGGAUGUAGCAGAAGCGGUGGAUGUAGCAGAAGCGGUGGAUGUAGCAGAAACAAUGAUAGCCAAACGAUAGGUGGUUGCACAGAAAGGACGAGCAAAAGGGAUACCAACGACCAAGUUAAAAAAGAGAAGGUAACGUUUUAUAACUACCUAAUAAAAAUUCUCCAAUCAGGUAUUCGAAGCCCGAAUGUAAGCGAAAUAAUUAAUCAUAUAGUACAUUAUAAUUGCAAAGACUGGCAGCAAAAAAUAGAUCUAGAUGUACUAAAAAAGGUUGCCCAUGGUUCUAAAAGAAUAAAAGUAUUAAACAGGACUAAAUGCAUUUUAAAAUGGUUACCCAAAACAGAAGAUAAUCCUUUUAAUAAAUAUCAAAUUAUAUCAAAAUUAAAAGAAAAAACAAUAUCAAAGACAUUUAAACUUGUUUGUGAUUUUAAUAAUUCUAUUUUAAAAGCAUUAUAUAUAAAUCAAAAUGUAAUUAAACCAUUUUAUACAGAAAAUAAAUAUACGUUUUAUACAAGUUCUGUAAGGAAUAAAUCCUCUAAAGACAUUUUUAUUAUUUCGGUUUCUUUUUAUCAUCCUAUAAGAGGUAUAAAAGUAGCUGAAUAUGAAAUACUAUCAACUCAAACAUUAGCUGACUUAACUGAUGUUUUUUUUUGUUUUGAUUCAUCAAAUUACGGGUUACCAAAAUUUCACGGCUCUCUUUAUUACAUUGAUGGAAUACUCUACCCAGACUUGAGAAAUAAAAAUGCGUUAGACUACUCUACUUGUAUUUUAGACUUUUAUAAAAAGAAACAGAAGGAAUUGAACUUCGUUCGACCUCCUUAUAAAAUAAAUCAGGAAAAAGCUGUUAUUCAAGAUAUUGAAAUACCAUUAUAUCAAAAAUGCUGCUUUUUACAUCAAGGUAAUUGUGAACAUAGAGUUGUUUUUAAUGAUAUACGACAAUACAAUAAUUUUAGAGAUAAAGAAUUUUCAAAAUACCCCCUUAGAACAUUUAAACCUAAUGUAGCUACUAAAUAUUGUAUAUGUUGUCAUAAAAAUAUUGCUCAAAAAAUUAUUUUAGAUUGUUAUUUAUUGAAGGAAAAUCCUUCGUAUAUUUGUAAUAACUGCUUUGCUCUAUUUUUGCUAGAUUCUGAUGGAAAACCCGUUGACAGUUUUAUGAAACAUUUCGAUUACAUCAACGACGUUUGA